CUUAUCCAUCAAUAAAAGUUAAGUUUAUACCUCAUACAUCAUGUCCAACGAUUGGUGGUCUCAAACACCAUCUCGGUACACUUCCACUCCUAUUCACCCCACUCUAUCUCGUUCUCAAUCCAUUUCCCAAUCAACCCGCACCCGUUUCGCCGGCGAUGAGCUCGACCCUGAAGACUCCCGUGCCGCCGAUGCAGUCAAGUUUCUCCCUUCUUUCGCUUCCUCUCAAGCGGGAAGAGUGGCCCUAGGUACCAGUCCUACUGGAGGGAUGAGUAUGUCUGUUGGUAGUCCACAGGGAGAAAGGAGGAGUCCUCAAGGAAGGUUGAGUGGGUCUGUCCACGAGAGCAAUUCUCCGAGACAUACCACCCGAGCACGAUCCCUGGCACAGAGUGCUGCUCUCUCAUCUUCUACUGCGAACGGUCCCGCACCCAUGGACGAAGACAUGCCUCCAACGGCCAGUUUACGGGAUAGCGUGACAGAAAGCCGUGUAACCACUGUUGUUGCUUCCAACGAACUUCCCACCCCACCAUCCCUUCUCCCAACUAAAUCGACAACCACCCUUUACAUCUUUGGGCCACCACCCAAUAUCCUCUCCACUCUCCAACCCUAUCUCUCUCAAUUCGGCCCCAUUGCUUCUUAUCGUCCUGGGCCAGAGGGAUCCAACUGGUACACUGUCGAGUACACCACUCCGCUGGGAGCAGCGUACGCUUUGAGGAGACAUGGUGAAAUCUUGGGUGGUCAGUGGAUGAUUGGAUUCAAAGUUGGUAUUGGUGGGGCUAUGGAGGGUAUUGGCUCGAUUCCCGGCGAAGGAGAUGUCCAAGGAUCAUCAUCGCAAGUACCCCCACCGACUGUUGGGACACCGAUAAGAGUUCAGCACAAGGAGAUUUUGAGACCCAAAGUGGUGCAACCUGUGGUAGCCAAAGCGGCUGUGAAGAGUGGUAAUGAAUAUGCGUGGGAUGAGCCUGAGGGUUCUGGCGGCUGGACAGGAUGGGUCAGCGAGAGGCUCUUUGGACGAUAGUUACGACAAUGAUGUUUGCAUACUCUUUUAAUACCUUUUAGGGACGCAAUGUAUGAAAAGCAGACAAAAGUUAUGUACAUCCGUACGAUACCAAAAAUACAACUUAUUCCGAUCUUCCACUACACACGUUUGCUGUACUUUCCAACCAUCAAAACCAAUACAUAUCUCUAUAAUUUUGAAAAAAAGGUGCAUAAUAUCCGACAACACUUGUUUGAACGUACUUGAAACCGACAACUUUAGUAGAAAUGCCUGAAAACAGGAUUCUUCAGCCCAUCCGCGAGAGCCUCGGUAGGUACAUCCUUGGACUGCCAAUUCACUCCUUGCGCCUUGUUUCGCUUCUUGUUGUCCAAGUACAUCCACAUUCUCAACGCGAUGACCAGUCCGAGUGCCAAGGCCUCAAUACCGACGGUGAUGGCCAGCGGUUCGCGGUACGCCGGUGCCCAUUUGUCGAGGAAAAUGUUGGCGGAGACGAUACCGCCGGUGUUCGCCAGGAAGGCUUAGCAGCCGUACAGAUCAGCCGGCUGGCCACAAGGCAGGGGGGGAAAUGACGACUUACUGUAGGACCCGACGCGGAACGCUCGACCGUCUUCACUCGCAUCAUUGCAUUGGUGCCAUGUAUGGAACAGGACGGGUGGGGUAAAUGCUCCAGCGGUGAUCAAGAAUGUUGCAAAGUACCCUGCGCCCACUUGACUGACGGGUAUAGCGAUGAGGAUGAUACAUCCGAUCAGGACGAGGACAAAAGAGGAAGCAAGAUGGAAUCCGCGUUCACGGAACCGGUCGGAUGACCAAGAGGUGAGGAGGAGACAGAUGGUACCGACGACGUAAGGGGCGACGGUGAACAAGUUGGUCUUGACGGUGGAGUAAUUGAAGCGGCCAAUGAUUUGGGUGAGAAAGUUGCCUGCCAUGGAGGCGGCGCAACCGUAGCAGAUCGCUAAACGUGUCCGUUAAGAAUAUAUCGCAAAUGCACGAAGAACUAAGCAAUAGAGGCUUACCGAUACUAGCAAAAGCAUAGAACCUCGGAUCCUUUAGCGGUUUGAAAAACUCUCUCACGUUGAACUUUGUUCCCGUCUUGCUCGACCCAUCUUUCAACACCCUCAGCCUGCCUACUUCCCUUUCUCGCUCAUCAAGGAACCGCGCCUCGUCGAGAGACCAGGGGAGCAUGAAGGCGGUAAGGAUGGCGAACGCGACGGUGAAUGCGCCUUCGAUAAGGAAGAGGAUUUGCCAACCCCAGAGUUUAGAGUCCAUUUGGAAGACUCCAUAAGCGAUAAGGCUAGAGAAGAAGAUGAGCGUUUUUUAGGUCAGCGCAUGAGGUGGAGGGAAAAAGAUGGGGUGACGUACCCUGAGAAUGCACCCGACAGGGCAUUGCAAGAGUAGAAAACUGCAAUACGCUAAAAAAAUUAAAAUGAAAAU